CAGCGAAUUGAACAACCGUCGUUGACAGAAGCUAUGUAUGUGCGGUGACAUAACGUCUGAAAUGGGGAAGAUUGCUUGCUAAGCAGCUUGCCAAUUUUGACAAAUAUGUUCGAAAACGACACUUACUAUUUGUUUUAUGUGGUUGCCAAAUGAACUUAGUUUAGACAGUGUUAUUUGUCCCUAAUAAACUGAAUCAGUGGGGACAUUGACUUGUUUUAGCAUCAUGCUAACUAGCUAAUGCUAUGCAUCCAGUAAGAGAUACUCGGAUUGCUGCUUGACAUUAAUAUCAACAUGGCCAUUAUUCAGUUUCGCCUAUUCAAGAUUUGUACCUGUAUAGCAUCUAUUCUUUCAUUCUUCAAAAGGUUGAUAUGCCGAACUGGAAGAUCACGCAAGCUAAGUGGAGAUCAAAUCACACUCCCCACUACUGUUGAUUUUUCCUCUGUACCUAAACAGCCAGAGAUUGAAGAAUGGAGUUCAUGGGAUGAAGAGGCUCCCACGAGUAUAAAGAUCGAAGGAGGUAAUGGAGCUGUUCCAUCCCAGCAGAACCAAGUGGAGGAUGAAGAGCCAGACUAUUUCAAAGACAUGGCUCCUACCAUCAGAAAAACACAAAAAAUUGUCUUAAAGAAAAGAGAGCCUGUGAAUUUCUCUGUCCCAGAUACCACUGCUGGCUUCUCCAGCAGGUUGGCAGCCACUCAGGAUAUGUCCUUCAUCCAGCCUUCAGCAGAGCUAGGGGUUCUGGAAAACUGGCAGGAGGACACAAACGCCUGGGAGGAUGAGCCUGAUGCGUCGUGGGAGGCAGAGGAAGUAUUAAGACAGCAGAAACUGGCAGAGCGGGAAAAGCGUGCCCUGGAACAACAGAGGAAAAAACAGGAGAAAGAGACUCAGAGGAUGAUGAAAAAGGAGCAAAAGAUUGCAGUAAAACUUUCCUAACAUUUACAAUCAGUGCAGGACUUUCAGACACCCAGAUGACCCACCACUGGUACUCUUCAUCCUUUUUAUUCACACGUCAUCAAUAUUACCUUCAUUUGACAGUUUUUUUGCCAUCCCUUUCUCAAGUUCUGUAGGAUUUCUGUAUCUCUCCUGAUAACUAAGAAUCUUCUGAUGAAUUCAGGUGCAGUCAGAACUGUUUUGCUGAGGAAAACUUGAAAGCCUAAUUAAAACAUUUUUUAUUUUUUAUUUUUGAUCAGCCUUAGUUAAAUGGCACGUUUAAACCCUGAUUUUUUAUUUGAGAAAUGUGUGCAUUAAUUGGGUUGAUUUAAUUGAUUGGGUUGAAUGCAUUUUAAAUUGUGGUUAUCCUAUCAUCAUUGUUCUCUAUUUUUUGAUGUAUCAUGCGUACUUGUGAUUGAGGCAAAAAGAAGCCUUACAUAAUCUUCUCUUGGAACACCGUCAUCAGAAAGAAAAAUAAAAAUAGACGUCCAUGACUUAA